AUGCAGGCUUCAUCCAACACCAUUGACGGAUCUACCGCUGACAGUGUUAAGAAUGCUGACCCGCAGGAUGAGGAGAACAGGGACGUGAAGAAGCGAAAGCUUGACUUUGAUGAAAAGGCUAAGGAACGCGACUGGCUUCUAGCUCGCAUUAAGGAGCUCGAGCAAUCCGUGGGUACCUUGGAGGCUUCUCUGCAGGAUGCCAACAAGAAGACGGAAGAGGUAGAAUCAAAGCUUCUGGUUUCUGAGAAGCUUCUCCAUGCCAGAACGGAGGAGCUGAAUCGGGCACUGAGCUCCGCAGUUACCGAAAGUUCGGCAUCCAAGGAUAAGGUAUCUGAUGCAGCAUUCGAUUCUACGGCAUUCGAUUCUACGGCACUAAGGCAUGAAGGAGAUUUCAAGUUUGACAAGGUGUUUCCGCCUGCUACGACUCAGCCGGUUGUGUUUGAAGAGAUUGCAGACCUGGUUACCAGUGCAUUGUAUGGCUAUAAGGUGUGUAUCUUUGCAUAUGGCCAGACCGGUUCUGGAAAAACUUUUACCAUGUUCGGGGACACCACCGACGAGACUCUCCGUGGAGCUAUUCCACGUUCCAUGCAGCAGAUUUUUCAAGUCAUCCGUCAAAAGUCCAACACGGGAUGGAAUUACACCGUUGAGGCUUCCUUUCUCGAGAUCCACAAUGAGUCCAUCCGCGACCUGCUGAAAGGAUACCACAACGAUGACGAGGCUACGAGCUCGAAGCCUGAGAAGGGAAGUGUUGCACGCUCGAAGCCUGAGAAGGGAAGUGUUACAAGCUCGAAGCCUGAGAAGGGAAGUGUGGCAGCAAAAAAGGGGGGGGGGGGCUUUCUCUUUACACCAUCGUUCACGAGAAGGAUGGAACUACUACAGUGGUCCGUUGCAAGGACAGACAUGAACGAGGAGUCAUCACGCUCUCAUGCGGUUUUCACCCUCCGGCUGAAUGGCCGACAUCGGGUGAGUGAUUAA